AUGCCCAACUUGAGGGAGCGUUUGCGUGGUCAGCAGUCAUCACCACCACAGCUCUCUUUUCUGUUGUUUCUUUUGUCCACAGCGUUGUUGUCACUGACUGUGUGUUUAAUUGGCGUCGAGGCCGCCACGACUACUGUCGGCAGUGGCGAGAAGUUAUGUCUGCGGGAGGUGGUGCCGCCGCAGAGCAGGGUGACGUUCCAGUUUCAGGUUGUUGGUGGCGGAAACCACGACAUACGCGCCUCGGUUGCUGAUCAGGAGGGGCAUAUUCUUAAAGAGUGGGGGGAGACGUCAGACGGGUUGUAUGAAGUUCUUGCCCAGAGCGGCACAAAGGCCAUCGUUGCUUGUCUUGACAACACCUACGCACAUUACACCCCGAAACUCAUUGUUUUUCACUUCCGUUACCAUGUAGACUACACAUCUGUGGCAAAGCAGUCGGAGCUGGACCCGGUGGAGCGAAAAGUGGAGCAUAUUUCUUCCUUGAUGCGUCAGGUGGAGUCGCUUCAGAUGCUCCUGCGUACACAGCAGAAGGAGCAUCGGGCGACGGUGGAGGAGUCGAGCGAGCGCCUGCUCAUAUGGAGUGUGUUUCAGGUUCUUACACUUGUUAUCAUGAGUUGCUUCCAGCUGUACUUCUUGAAGCGAUUCUUAGAGCGUAAGUCGUUUGUGUGA